GUUGGCCGCCUUGGUAGUUUCGAGUUGGAAUAUUGUUUGCACAUUUCGUGCAUGUACCUUGAUAAUUAUUAUAAACUUUCAUCUUUCUCAAACUUUAUGAAAACAAAAUGUAUGUAUAUAGUUAUGCUACUCUAUUGUCAGUCCUAUUUAAAAGUGCUAUCGUACUUGCUAAGGAGAACUGGGCAGAAGCACUGUACGUACAACUUUAAUUUUUAAAAAACACAUACACACAGAUGAUUGGCGUCUUUAUUACCUGUCACUAUUGAAAACUAUGAACCUCCAAAGCCUGGCCUGAGCAUGGCAGUCAUCUGUGAGGUGUGAGGUGUGAGGCCUCCUCCUCUUUACUAUCCCUUAACUCCUUAAGAUUGUAGCCUGGCAAUUCCAUGCAAACUGUUUCCCUAGCAUUAGAAGUUUUUCUCUGGGGACAGAAACAUUACCACCUGGCUCUUUGUAGCAUCAGCAUCUUAGCUGAGUGCUUCUCGAUAGCCAUCUCACAGGAUUCUGAAACCUAUACCUCUGAUGGCUGCCACAAGUGACGAGGGCUGCCAAGAGCCAGCAUGGGCCCUGGUGUAAACGAUCUCUCCAGGCCCCAUGCAAUUAAGACUGGGUGUGGCUUUUUGACUGUGGUGAGGGAUCACAGAUUCAGCUGAUGAAAAGCAGUCUUAAGCCUGGUAAAGUUAGCAAAAUUUUCAUCUCACACCUUCAUGGGGAUCAUCUCUUUGGCCUUCCAGGACUCCUGUGCACUGUAAGCCAGAACAACCAACGAUCAGAGCCUGUGGAGAUUUAUGGCCCUCUUGGAUUGCGUGCAUAUCUUCAGACAACCCUUGGGGUAUCCCAUUCAGAGAUGGGCUUUACAUUUACUGUCCAUGAACUGGUUCCAGUAUCACAGCAGCUGCCACCAGAUAUUUGGGAAAUAGAAAAGACUGCCAACUCCUUGCCACAUCCAAAUGAAGUACCAGGAAAGAGAAUUGAAUGUAACGACAAUUUAGUCUGGAAUGUUUUCUCAGACAAGGGUUUUGUGGUGCAGGCAGUAUGGGUUAAACAUCGAGUCCCAAGCUUUGCUUAUGUUGUCAAGGAAAAUGAUCGUCCAGGCAAACUAGAUGCAAAUAAACUGAAAUCUCUGGGUGUACCUGCUGGGCCUCUUUAUGGCAAGCUUAAAGGUGGUGAAGUUGUACAUCUGGCGGAUGGCACUCAGAUCAAGCCAAAAGAUGUGAUGGGACCACCCCAGGCAGGCUAUAUUAUUGCCAUUGGUGGCGACUCCAGUGAUUCCUCAGAACUCCUAAAAAUAGCUUGUGGUUCCCAUGUCCUGAUACAUGAAGCCACUUUGGAAAAUGCUAUGGAGGAACUCUGUAUACAAAAAGGGCAUUCCACACCUAGAAUGGCAGGUUUGUUGGCAAAACAACUGGGAGUAAAGCAACUCAUUUUAACACACUUCAGUCAGCGCUACAAGCCCUUGUCAUGCAACACUGAGCCAGGAGAGGCCAGCGUGCGGAUACUGCUUCAGGAGGCUCAAGAAGCAUUUGGAUCCAAUGAGGUCAUUUGUGCAGAGGAUCUUGUAACAUUCUGCCUGCCGAGACUGGAGAUGGGAUGACAGUCCAGCAGCCAAAGAAAAUCUUGCAUUUCCACAAACAUUUGUCCAGAUUCUAGCACACAAACACCAUACAAUUCUUUUUUCUAAACAAUUUUAGUAUUUUCAAUCGGGAACAUUCAUUCCAUAGAUACAAAGAUAGCUUCAAAUACCGUAGGUGAAUGUACUACACCACCACUUGCUUGACGUUACAGCUUAGGUUUCUGCAAGAACAAAGAGGAACAUCUGCAAGUACAUUUAUUUUCAAUAUUUGCUUUUCACCAUGGCUUUUGUGUCAUGGACUUAAUAGAAGAUUCUAUUUGAAACUGAAACCCAACCUUUGGAUACAACUUCAAA